AGGAGCUCCGCCGAAAAAGCGCUUCAGUGAUGCUUUUACUACAAACAUUUUUGCUCACCCUGCUCUGUGUGCUACCCUUCACUGGUGGCAUUUACAACAUCCUUUUUAUGGGACCCUUUCCGGCACCGAGUCACUGGAUGUUUAUGGAACAUUUUUUGCAAGAGCUACUCGAGCUUGGCCAUCAUGUUACAACGCUGACCAAUCAUCCUGCUAAAGUGAAACAUGGCAAUUUGAACGAAAUCAUAAUUGAGCCGCAGAUGAAUAUGACACAUUACCAUCCCAAGGAGCGGAUAUUUGAAAUGAAAUUUACGAGCGAUUUUGAGAAUUUGAAAUUAUAUUGGGAUAUCGGUUUGCUGACCACCGAACACGCACUGAACCAACCCAAGGUUAAAGCAUUGAUCGCGAGUAAAGAUCUUCAUUUCGAUCUUGUCGUUAUUGAGCAAUUCUUUCAUGAGAGUAUGCUUAUGUUUGCGCAUAAAUUUAAGUGUCCCAUCGUGACAUUGGGUACAAUGGGUUAUGCGGAUAAUAUGGAUCAUGCUAUGGGUGUGCUUACACCAUGGGCUUUCGUGCCGCAUCUGUUCCUUUCGCAUACAGAUCGUAUGAAUUUCUAUCAGCGUGCUUAUAAUACUUACCUCUCGCUUUAUGAUGUUGUUAUCCGGCAUUGGUAUUAUUUGCCACGAAUGCAGGAGAUGGCUGAAAGGCAUUUCGGGAAAUUUAGUGAAGGACCGCUCCCAAAAGUGAAUGAAUUGGUCAAAAACAUUUCACUUAUGCUGAUCAACAGUCAUCGGAGCUUAGAUGUGCCCCGUCCUAGUAUGCCUGGUCUGAUAGAUGUCGGUGGUAUACACAUUAAACCCGUUAAGCCACUGCCAGCAAAGCUCAAGCACCACCUCGAUAAUUCCACAAAUGGCGUCAUCUUCUUCAGUCUCGGCACUUACAUACAGAGCACAGAUGUGCCAAUGAGAAAGAUCAAACUCCUUCUUGACGCCUUCGCUCAGCUAAAGCAGAAUGUCUUGUGGAAAUAUGAAAAUAGAAAUCUCACCAAAGAACUACCGCCAAAUGUGAAAAUCUACAAUUGGUUACCUCAAAAUGACAUCUUCGCACAUCCGAACGUGAAAUUGUUUAUAUCACAAGGCGGCAUCUUUAGCACACAGGAAGCUAUUUACUGGGGCCUACCGCUGCUGUUCAUACCUUUCUUUGGUGAUCAACAUCGUAAUGCCAAGAAGGCAGUACGCGCUGGUUACGCGCGCCUUCUGAUGUUUGAUAAAAUGACCAGCGAAGAUUUGGUGCAAAAUAUACAGACUCUGAUCGAUGAUCCUCGGUAUAAACGCGAGGCGAUGGUGGCAUCGCGACUUUUUAGAGAUAAUCCCAUAGCGCCGUUGAAGGAGGCUACGUUUUGGCUGGAAUAUGUGUUGAGACAUAAAGGUGCUCCACAUUUGAAAUCCCACGGCGCUUUUAUGUCGCUUUAUCAGUAUUUGUUGUUGGAUGUUUUGGGUUGUACGAUUCUGUUUUUAAUUUUAAUAAUUUCAUCGAUGGCUUGUGUUGUGGUGGGUAUUAAAAGGUAUUGCUUGCGUAGGCGUCAGGUCUUGGAAGCGAGAAGAAAAGAAUUGAAACGAAAUUAA